GCAUUCCGACAUUUUUAUGUUUUGGCGACAGAAGCUCGUUGUAUUCAGACAGUUGAUGUCGACACUGCAUUGCCUGUCUAUGUACCACUUGAAGUUACCAUCCGGGAAACUAAUUACUAUGCAGGAACAAGUUUUUGUGAGAUCUCCCCAUGCAUUCUUCCAGAGCGUGCCAUUGUAAGUUCUAGGUGGUUGAGUUUGCUGUAUUAACACACAAUAUUUCUCAUUUCUGAAGUUUAUUUCCCUUUUAGUUACUUUCUAUUGAAAUCGUGAUAUAAAUGGCUCACAUGGGCUAGUCCAAUGCUAAUGCAGUUGAAGGCUGUUCGU